AUGGGUUUCUCCUGUGGUCUUCAAGUUUUUUUCUUCCUCCUCCUUGUCCUCAGUGGGGCAGAUCCUUUCAAUCCGUGGGACAUUUCCCAGGAGGAUUUCUCCUGGGGGUCUUUUCCCAGAGAUGUCCCACCCCCAGAGCAGGUCUAUGGCCCUUCUUUGGCUCGGGCCUCCCCUUGGGCUUGGGUGGAUGUCUCCCAGCCCAGGGCUUUAUCCAGCUUGAAACCAGUGACGGUCCAGUGUGGAGAGGCUGAAGUGGUGGUGACUGUCAGCAGGGACCUUUUUGGCACAGGGAAGCUCAUCCAAGCGACUGACCUGACCCUGGGCUCUCUUGGUUGUCAGCCCACCUCCAUUGAUGCCUCUGAGGACACCGUAAUCUUUGACAUUGGGCUCCAUGAGUGUGGAAGCACCUUGCAGAUGACCUCAGACUUUCUGGUCUACAGCAUAACCCUCUACUAUCGCCCGAAUCUUGGGAAUCGCCCCGUUAUCAUCCGAACCAGUUCAGCUGAGGUUCCAAUUGAGUGUCACUACCCAAGGAAAGACAACGUGAGCAGCAAAGCCAUCAGACCCACCUGGAUUCCCUUCAGCUCUACCAUUUCUUCUGAACAGAAGUUGGCCUUCUCCUUGCAACUCAUGAAUGGAGACUGGAGUGCGGAGAGAACCUCAAACAGGUACCAGCUUGGAGAAGCCAUGCACAUCCAGGCCAAUGUGAAGACAGACAACCAUGUAGCCUUGCGGCUCUUCGUUGACCAUUGUGUGGCCACUUUGAGCCCAGACAUAACCUCCGCUCCCCGAUAUACUAUUGUUGACUACAACGGAUGUUUGGUUGAUGGGCGAUCAGAUGCCUCCAGCUCCGCCUUUGUGUCUCCGAGACCCAGAGCAGAUUCUCUCCAGUUCACGAUGGAUGCCUUCAUGUUUGCAGGAGACGCCAGGGAUGCGAUCUACAUAACCUGCCACUUGAAAGUCACAGCAGCGGACCAAGCCCCGGAUGCCCUGAACAAGGCUUGCUCUUUCAAUAGAGCAAGUAACAGGUGGCUUCCAGUCGAAGGCGCUAGUGAUGUUUGCGGCUGUUGUGAGGCUGGCAACUGUGGACUACCUCAAGGCCAAUAUGGAAUGAGCCAGGCCUGGUGGGUAGGCGCAGGAGGACGAGUCCAGAGAGAUGUUUCUUCCGUAGAUGAUGAUCCUCCAGCAGAGAAAAUAGAGGCUGAUGUUGUGCUUGGACCAGUGAUCUUGGAUGACCCAAAGACUUUACUUCCUCAUCCGGAAGCCCAGGGGAGAAUGGCACUAAUGGCCAAAGGUAUCCGUGCCAAGUUUGUGUUUAUAAUGCUGGGGCUCGCCAUCGCAACUACCCUUCUCGCGUUGGCUUCGGUGACUCUGGUGCUCGUUCUGGUCUGCAAGAAAAGCCGGACUCAACUCAACUGUGAUCUGUCGUGACCAAUUUUGAAAUGUAAAGCAAGAAA